CCGUGUUUCAAAAGCAAGACGCUAAAGGACCUCCGUAAUUUCACCAAGAGCUGAGACCUGAUGCCUUCGGGUGACGCACUGUCCUUCCUGAGCAACCACGACAACCAGCGAGGCCAUGGCUACGGCGGAGAGAAAGUGCCGACCUUCUUCGAUGCCCGCCUCUACAAGAUGGCCACGGCUUUCCUCCUGGCCUUGCCUUACGGUCUGCCGAGGAUCACGAGCACCUACUGCUGGCAGAGGAACGUCGUGGACGGAAAGGACAUCAACGACUGGAUGGGUCCUCCGGCGGACUCGGAUUGGAACAUUAGGCCAGUGGUGCGCAACCCGGACGGUACCUGCGGAAACGGAUGGGUCUGCGAGCACAGAUGGCCCGAGAUCUCCAACCUCGUGGAACUGCGCAAGGUGGCCGGCGACGCCUCUGUGACUCGCUGGUGGGACAACGGCGGGCACGCGAUUGCAUUCGGCCGCAGAGGCCGCGCCUUCGUCGUCAUCAACAACGAAGACCACCCAGCGGUGAAUUCGUCCGAGACGGACUUACCACCGGGACUGCGACGACCUGACUGGAGGCAAGGGUGCCCAUAG